CAAUUUACGUUUCGUCCAAGAAUUCAAUCGGCAUAUUCCCUACCUUCUUUCUGGGUCUUCGUCUUCGAAGUUAGGUUCUGAAGAGAUAAGAAAAAACAAUCUUGUUUCUUUACAAUUUGCCGCCGUUGAAUCAUGGCUACUCCUGAAAUUUUGCAGACGGAACAAGAUUUCAUGAUAUAUGCUUCCCUCUUUGAUGCCUCUACUCCUAAAGAUGGAAGCUCGCGGGGGUUAGAUAUCGAGAAAAAGAUAGAGUUUCUGGAGAGUUUGGCUGGAAAAGUGAGCAACCGAAGAUCUCGAAGAUGGUUGAAUGACCGCUUGUUGAUGGAGCUUGUACCUCGUCUGAAUGCUAAUGAAAUUAGGGGCUUGUUUGCUCCACCACCAUGGGGCGAAGACGCUCCUCCUUCUGCAUUUAGCAUGACAAAUGUUGGAGAAUGGGAUAAUUUCAGAAAUAUAGACAUGGAUAAAGAGGCAUCUAUUAUAAAAUCUGUUGGAAACUCUUCAUCGAAGCAGAGAGAUCGCCAGGAUGUCGACAAAGUUGCUGCACUUACUGCUUGGCAUCGCGUAGAUAGCCGAACCAGAGAGGCUCUGCGCCGAUGUUAUCUUUCAGAGGUCAUCCAUGGGUACGAGGAAUGCAUACGUUCCUAUGUAAAAGACAGUGGUGACGCAGACAAUGUUCUUGUGCUAAACAUUCAGGAUCCAUUUUAUCGAUUAUUACUUCAUGGUGUCUGCGAGGUCGAUGCGUUUACUGACUCUGCAUUCAAAGGGAAUCCGGCGGCGGUGUGCCUCCUGGAGGACGAGAGGGACGAGGAGUGGCUGCAAGCGGUGGCGCGUGAGUUCAAUCUAUCGGAAACUUGCUACUUGACUCGCCUUACCGGCUCCGCUCCCAAGUUCCGCCUCCGUUGGUUCACUCCCGUUGCUGAGGUGAAACUUUGUGGACAUGCAACUUUGGCUGCAGCUCACUUUCUCUUCACACAUGAUUUGGUUGAAGGUAAUGAAAUCGAAUUCACGACGCUGUCGGGGAUUUUGACAGCGAAGAAAGUAUCCGAAGCCGGGAUUUCAGACACAUCUGGUAGCUUCCUCAUUGAGCUGGAUUUUCCAGUCGUCGAGCUGGUGGACUACAAUGGCCCUGCUGCUGAUGUUUCGACUAUUUCGAAAAGCUUGAACGGCGCUGUAGUGAAUGAAAUCCACUUGACAACCUCGGCAGAAGAUCUCCUCGCUGUGCUACCGUCUGGUGAAGAUGUCGCGCGAGUAGAACCUAACUUCGACUUGAUACAAAAAUGCCUCGGUAGAGGAUUACUCAUUACUGGGCUCGGUCCCCCUGGCUCUGGCUUCGAUUUUUAUAGUCGAUUCUUUUGCCCGAAACUAGGGAUAAAUGAGGAUCCCGUAUGUGGAAGCGCUCAUUGCGCAUUACUACCUUAUUGGAGCAAGAAGCUCGGAAAAUGCGAUCUUGUAGCCUAUCAAGCUUCUCCGAGAGGUGGAGUGCUCCAUCUAAGCCUCGAUUCGAAGAAUCAACGGGCGUUGCUCCGAGGAAAAGCCAUUGCUGUUAUGGAAGGUUCACUUUUGGUGUAAUCAGCUAAAAGAACAACAAAAAAUACAUUCGAAACAAGUUGUGUUGUGUGUAAUUUUUCUGUAAGAACUUUGCUAAAUCUGUCGCAUCCUCAGUUUCUCACAAACAAUGAAUGCAUUGCUGUAAUAAACAACUUUUGGAUCACAUUGUUGAUGCCAUUACAAAUCUUCGUUCUCUGUUCUUGAUCUUCCUG